AUGCCAUCAUCAUUUGGAAGAUCGCGAAAGCAGCAACUUUUGAGGCCCAUGUGGGAACGAAAGUUGACAUCGCUCAUCACUACCAAAAUCAACCAAGAUGCCUCAACUCUCCUCACCCUCCUCCUACCCCUAGCCGCCCCCACCCUCUCGCACCCCUUCAACCAACCCCAAACCUUCGAAACCUUCGACAGCUACGCCAUCACAAACUACACCUCCCACAUCAGCAUCGCCUGCUACGAGAAGCACCCCGAUUACGCGCCUUGGAUCCCACUUGGUAAAAUCCCUAUGAUCGAGGGCCACACUUUGCAGGCAGACAGCCAUAGCAGCUCCGCGUUCAAGGGCUCCGGGGUUAGGGUUAGUAUUGAGAAUGGGCCGUGGGCGCCGCAUGAUGGGAAGUUGCCGCCACCGAGGAAUGGGAUGGAGAUCUUUCAAGAGAAGGACGAGGACAAGGAGAAGAGUUAUGGGCGGUAUUACUGCAUACGCUUCUAG